UCUCCAGAGAACUGGAGGUGCACAUACAAAAGCCAGUGAGCAGCUUGCCUUCCUCAGGGGUCACCUCAAAGUUGCUGAAGACCCUCCAGAACUCUCCAAAGAGAGCCUCUACCUUCUGUCUUGCCCCUCAGGCAGUAGCUCUCUGUGAAUGAUCUCCUUCCUCUAAUUACAUCCCCUCACAAGCCAUGUCCAGCCUGAAAGAAAUUUGUGGCGGGCUUCCCUUGAACCCUCUUCCGGAGAACAGGGGCCGAAAGAGUGGAAUCCCUCAUGCUCCCGUGAGGACUCCCAACCUGGAGGCUCGUGAAGAAAAGCUGGCUUUGAAGAACGCCUUGCGUUAUUUCCCUUCCAACUUCCACGAAGUCCUGGCGCCAGAAUUUGCCAAGGAGCUGAGACUCUAUGGACAUAUCUACAUGUACAGGUUCUGCCCCCACAUUGAGAUGAGGGCUUACCCCAUCCAGGAAUAUCCCUGCAAAACCAUCCAAGCUGCUGCAAUAAUGCACAUGAUUAUGAAUAAUCUUGACCCUGCAGUGGCACAGUUUCCCCAGGAACUUGUAACUUAUGGAGGGAACGGACAAGUCUUCAGCAACUGGGCACAGUUCUGGCUGGUGAUGCACUAUUUGUCUGAGAUGACUGAAGAUCAGACCUUGGUCAUGUACAGUGGGCAUCCCUUGGGACUCUUCCCCAGCCACCACAACGCUCCUCGAUUAGUCAUAACCAACGGCAUGGUGAUUCCUAACUAUUCUUCCAGAGAUGAAUAUGAGAAACUAUUUGCAAUGGGGGUUACAAUGUAUGGACAGAUGACAGCAGGUAGCUACUGCUACAUUGGACCACAGGGAAUAGUCCAUGGAACUGUGCUAACAGUGCUCAAUGCAGGCCGUCGCUACUUGGGAGUGGAGAAUCUGUCUGGGAAAGUCUUUGUCACAUCUGGCCUUGGAGGAAUGAGUGGCGCUCAAGCCAAGGCUGCUGUCAUUGCUGGCUGUGUGGGAAUCAUUGCUGAGGUUGAUGAAGCGGCCCUCUUAAAACGUCACCUGCAGGGAUGGUUGAUGGAAAUCACUAGCAGUCUGGACCACUGUAUUGCUCAGCUCAGAGAAGCAAAGAAGAAGAAAAUGGCUCUUAGUCUGGGAUAUCAUGGGAAUGUGGUAGAUCUUUGGGAGAGGCUUGCAGAAGAAUUCAACACCACUGGUGAACUGCUAGCUGAUUUGGGGUCUGACCAAACAUCUUGUCACAAUCCUUUUAAUGGAGGCUACUACCCAGUACAGCUGAGCUUUAAGGAGGCUAACCAGCUCAUGUCCAGCAAUCCUGUGAAAUUCCGAACCCUAGUGCAAGAGAGUCUGAGGAGACAAGUGGCUGCCAUCAACAGGCUGUCUGAUCAAGGAAUGUUUUUCUGGGAUUAUGGAAAUGCUUUCCUUCUAGAAGCUCAGAGAGCUGGUGCUGACGUCGAGAAAAGAGGUGCCAGCAAAGCUGAAUUUCGAUACCCUUCUUACGUCCAGCACAUUAUGGGUGACAUUUUUUCUUUGGGAUUUGGACCAUUCCGUUGGGUUUGUACCUCAGGCAACCCAGAAGAUUUGGCAACCACCGACUUCAUUGCAACAUCAGUGCUUGAGAAAGCUGUGCUCCAGGGAGUGAAUGCAUCUGUGAAGCAGCAAUACUCCGAUAACAUCCGCUGGAUCCAGGAAGCCAGGAGGCACAAUUUGGUUGUGGGUUCCCAAGCCAGAAUUUUGUACUCAGAUCAGAAGGGUCGUGUUGCUAUUGCACUGGCUAUUAACCGAAGCAUCGCCGAAGGAAAAAUUAAGGCACCAGUUGUCCUUAGUCGAGAUCACCAUGAUGUAAGUGGGACAGACAGUCCUUACAGAGAAACGUCGAACAUCUAUGAUGGAUCAGCGUUUUGUGCAGAUAUGGCUGUUCAGAAUUUUGUGGGAGACUCAUUCAGAGGAGCCACCUGGGUUGCCUUGCACAACGGUGGUGGUGUUGGCUGGGGUGAAGUGAUAAAUGGAGGAUUUGGCCUUGUCCUGGAUGGCUCAGCAGAUGCAGAAGAACGUGCGAAGAUGAUGCUAAGCUGGGAUGUUUCCAAUGGAGUUGCUAGACGCUGUUGGUCCGGCAACAGCAAUGCAUAUGAAACCAUCUGCCAAGCCAUGCAGAAAGACAAGAAGCUGAAGGUGACUCUUCCACAUAAGGUGGUAGAUGACAACAUCCUGGAACAAGCCUUGAGUUGUUAACUUUACACUAAAAAUUUUAUUCUGCCUUUUUUAAACAACAACAACAACAGGCUUUGGACAAUGCUCUUCUGAUCUUCAACAAGCCUUAGUUAAGUUGGCAUAAUAAACACGUGUGAGUUUGUCUUCCAGGACAGCGGACCUGUUUUAUUUUCAUUUUUUGGAAACUCCAACCUACUUAACAUUCAACAUUAAUGGACAUCUUUCCAUCGCAUCACAGUGAAUGUUUCCCAGCCAAAGAAUCUAUCCAGCAUGAGUUGUGUUGUCAACAUCUUUGAUUGUCAAUCAGUCUAGAAAUCUAAGAACAAGAAAUAAGGGCCAGGGACACACACGUUCCAUUUCUAAUGCUCUUUUAAGAAACCCAUUUUUCAGGUUUCUAGUCAAAAUCCAGCAUUGUUAUUAUGAGAAUAUUUAUGCCUAUGUGUCAGCACUUCAGCUGCUCAGGAGGGUCUGACACGGGCCCCCAUUGGAAAUCCAUUUAUUUAAGUGUUGAUGUGGAUACCCAAUUCCUUAGCUGAUUUAUAUAAACAACAAGGGUGAAGCAUUCACUUAACAAUAGUUUGCCUGGAUGAUUUGCCUCCAAAGCACAAUGGAUGGAUCAGAGUUGUCCCACAACCCAUUCUUCACUCAUCUCCCCUGAAUUCUACUCUUUGUCCACCCCCUUGCUUAUAUCCCUAUCUGAUUAUCAGGGAUGUGAGAACUCACCAUAACCACCACAUUGCAUUCCUUGUCAUCCUGUCUCAUAGCAUCAUUCAUCUCCUCUGCAACAUCAUCUCCAGCCAUAAAAAAGGAAAGAAGAUGCCACCAUUUUGCACCACAGUUUGCAAAUGGCCUACAGAAGAGUUGGUGCCUUUUGGACCUGCACAAUGCCACAGCUGUGAUUGGGUUGUGGCUGCUGGCUGGAAUGGAGGCAGGAAUGGGCCUCGGCUGCCGGUGGUUGAGAUCUUUUCAGGCUGACAGAGCUGCAGUGAUGAAUCACACUUGGUGGUGAUAUAUCCAAUGUGAAAAUUGCUCACAGUUGUAUCUCUUAGGUCACAAAACCUACCUCUCCAUUCAGAACAUUCCUAACUAGAUGCCAGAUAUCACACACACACACACACACACACACACUGAUACAUUAUCUUCAUGUGCUUUUGAUUUUGGAAUUUGCCAAUAAAUUUAAAAGCUCCCGGUUCUAUUGGAGCUUACCCACACCCAGUUUGCAUGCAGACAAUGCCAAAUAUUUCAACAUCUCACUUAAAAGCUUUUGGCCAUAGAUUGUAAAGCCAGAUAUUUAGCUUCAUCGGUGAUAUCAAAGAAGGGAGGGCUCCUUUCCUUGUUUCUUUUUUUGUUGUUGUUGUUAUAGUUGAACCUCAAGAUCCAGUAACCAGAGCCUGGUACAACAGACAAACAGUCAGAAUUAAAGAACACCAUGCCUCUCAGCACAUUCUGUUUUCAGUACUGUACAAGAACUGAUCAGUCCUUUCACAGAAAGGUCAGAACCCAGAUUAGCUUUCUUUGUUUCCGCAACCUAGGUGAGGGAAGACACUUUCCUGUUGCUAUUUCAAUGUGCUAAUAAUGAGAUGUAAAUAAUCACACCCCCCCCCCCAAAGAGUAAUGUAAUUAUUGUUAAUCUAGAAUAGUUAACCAUCAACAAAAACAGUUUAACUAAAUAGUUCAAGCUGCUUUUUUAUAAAGUAGUUGUAAUACAUGAAAAGUGGCUGAACCAUGGGUUUAAUUACUGAACGCAGCAUAGAUACUGGGUAAAUUGGGGUCUCAAUUUCUGCCAUACUUGCUCAUGGAAUCACCUUGGUUAAAAUUAUGUUAAAAACACACUCUGUUUGCACCUAAAGUAAUUGCUUCCAAUAAAUGAUUCUGUGAACAGGAACGGCCCCAUUUGAUUUCCCCUUUUGUGCAGGGGGGUAGAAGAGGCUGAACUAGAUGACUUUUGGUUCCUUCAUAACUGCGAUUCAUUGCAAGGUUUUUUUCUUUCUUCCAUGGUUUUGUGCCAGCGGAAUGCAGUUCAAUUUAAGCUGUCAAUGAAUCAUAUCUCACUGUUGUAGAGCCCAAGCAAACUCUACAACAGAGACUUAAGGACACCCUGUUCCCAAUAAUGGGUUGUUGCUUUUUAAAAAGACGCUUAUAAAGAUUUUACAAUAUUUUUACAAGCCAUAACAGAGUAAACAUGUUUGUGGCCAAUAUUCUUCAUAUGAAUUUGGAUAAACUAAAACUGCAUCAACAUAGCAAACAGUGUAAAUAACUUUUCUGGGUACAGAUAUAUUCAUUAUAAAGGCAGAUAAAUGAGCAGAAAUGGGGUUGUGUGCAUAUGUUGAUGUACUGCAAAUCGUCUGUUCACAAACUAAAAUAUCAAACCAAGAUCAUAUGGUGGCGUGGUUUGUUGUGACAUCCGAAUCAGGCCUCUAAAUCUCUUAAUUUAACAAAUUACAGCACUGAAUACAAUGACAGAUGAUCCAUUGCGACAAGGCCAGAUUAAUUUUUGAGUUUACCAUGUUAUAAUAUGCAGGUUAAAUUGAGUUCUCCACAUUCCCACAUCAGUUUGCAGAUUUUCUUUUAAGAGUCUUCAUGAAUAUUAUUCAGCAUUAUAGGGCAAAUUUGCAAGCAAUUUUCACCAGUGAAUAUUUGGAUACUAUGUUCACUAAUAUAUCUGAGGUCCUUCUUUGUGUGCCCCCUCCAUGGGAGGUGCAGAGGCUGGCAACACAAGAUCGGGCCUUUUCAGUGGUGGCUCCCUGCGUGUGGAAUACUUCCCCCAGGGAGGCAUGUGUAGCUCCACCUUCAUCUGUUUUUAGGUGGCUAAAGGCUUAUCUUUACCUGGGCUUUUGGCCCUUAAUUUGAAGGGUGGCACUUUUUUAGUGGCGUGGGAUCUGUAAGACCCGCCUUUUAUCUAUAUAGCUGUGUUUUUAGAUUUUUAUUGGAUGCUUUUAGCUGGUUUCCAGGUUGCUUUGGGACAAUUUUUGAAAAAAGUGACUAACGAAUGAUAGGCAGACAGAUGCAUUUUUGCACCCUAUACCUAGUACCUGAAUUUUUGUACUCAUUAAUUCAUUGCAGAAUUCAGAGAAGUUUGAAACUUGAAGGAUGGCUGAGUGUUUGGUUCAUACAGUAUUUCAGGAAGUGCUGAUUCAGCAGAGAAACCUUUAAAUGUGAACUGAAUUGCAUUUCUCUCCACUGCCCCGGUGCAGGGGAAAGGGACAGUUGUUCUCCUGCGUGAGAGGAAGGACCCUGUUGCAACAGCGAAAUAAAAGUGCCUUGCUUCGUACGUCCUGGUUUGGUCUCUGUAAUUUGGUGGGCAGGAGACGCUUAAAUUCGUCUGUUUGCCUGGAUCCUUGGGCUCUCCCUGGGUCAGGAUUCAUUUCUCUGGGUUCAUAGGAACCAGCUUAAAUUUUACAUCAAUUUUACAUCAAUACACUCACGCAGGAGUGUGAUUGUGCCACACUCAUAUUGUAGCAGGUGUAUGAAAUACCCAAGCAAUACAGAAAGGGGGUAGUUUCAGAAAGCUUUAGAAAUAAUGCAAUUGGCUAAGCAAGAGGAGAUCGUCCAUUCCUUAAUAACAAAAGUGUGUUGUGAUGAUUUUUUUAAAGUUCAGAAAUCACAAUGGGUGUGUCAAAGUUAGGACCAACAUGCAAUUUUUCCCCAAGGUGGUAUAGCACCAUCUGCUGCUUAAAUGAUAUUGUAGCAAUUCCAGUUGUGGAUAUUUUUGGUUCAGCAUUUUUGAUUUUUGGAUUUUUAGUAAUUUGGAGGGGGGCUUCUAAAGGGUGCUCCCCACGUAUGCAAUUUUCAUUGUGUGUAGUGUGCCUGGACCUGUGUAAGUGGAGAGUCAUCUGUACAUAGUGUAAGUGGAGAGUCAUCUGUACAUAGUAAUACAACAUGUUUCUUUACAAUUUAUGUAUCGUAUUGUUAUGAGCAGGGCC